GAAGAUGUCUCGUGUUGACGUUAAAAAGCCUUCCCGCUGUUCCAGUGAGCCUUUAACCAAGGAGGCCGUUAGCCACGCUCUCUCUGUGUUCAGUAAAAUAUUGAUGUCCUGCUAUGGCCCCACUGGUAGGUUUAAACAGCUCCACAAUGGCGUGGGGGGCUGCGUUCGCACCACAUCCCAGUCUUCGGCUUUGCUCAGUGGCCUUUCAGUCACUCACCCAGUGUUAAAGCUUCUGACAGCGUCCGUGCAGAACCAUCUUGCACACUUUAGCGACUGUGGCUUAUUCACUGCCAUCCUUUGCUGCAGCCUGCUCGAAAAAGCAGCCUCCAUACAUGUUGCACCAUGUCUUUUUAUUAAGAUCAGCUGUCACCUCUUGAACCUGUGCAUCGAUUACCUUGGAUCGGAAGCAUGCGGCUGCAGAGUGCCAGUGGAUUUCAGCAACUCAAAGGUUCCCCUUAGCCUGGUCCGCAGUAUUUUAACCAGCAAGCGUGCCUGCAGUCUUAGCCGAAAGGAAGCUGAUCAUAUCAGCACUUUGGUAUUAAAGGCCUUUCUAUUUACAAUCCCACAAAGUGUUGAAACCAGGCUGGCACUAGGGAAGUGUCUUUACAUUCCUGUCAAAAAUAGGAGAGUGCUGGAUUCUGCUGUAUAUCCUGGACUUCUGAUUGAAAUACCGGAAUCGCAUCCCGCAAGAAUGCUUCCUGUCAAAAGAGCUACUUCAUGCACAAUCAAGAUGGUUCUUUUCUGUGUAUCUCUGUCUGGGGAUUUGGCUGAGAGUGUGGAAGGAGUCAUCACUGUCUGUCAAGGAGUUUCUCUAGAAGCAGCAGUCUUACAGCAGUUGCUUGCGUUAGGCAAGCAAAUAGUCAGGGAUGGCGUGAGUCUUGUGGUAUGUCAGAAGGUUAUCCACCCAGCCCUUAGACAGUACCUGAUGGAGAAUCACGUGGUUGCUGUAGAAAGAGUUGGAAUAGCAGUGAUGGAGCCCCUGAAGCAAAUGACAGGUUCCCAGCCAGUAGCGUCUCUACAGAUUCUGUCCCCCACUUGCUAUGGUCAUCUGAAGGAUCUGCAGACUCUGUAUUUUGCUUCAAAAUGGUUCUUGCAUCUAAUUCCCAAUGAUCCAAUUGUUUGCAGCCUGAUGCUUUGUAACAGAAAUGAAACUACAUGGGAUGAACUGAAGCUUGCUUGUCAGACUGCAGAACAUGCUUUGCAGUUCACCAUCAGUGACCCCUGGGUAUUGUUAGGUGGUGGCUGUACAGAAACUCAUUUGUCCUCGUACAUAAGGCAUGCGAGUGGUAAUGUGACGAUCAGCACCUUAGAAGAUCUGUGCUGUUCUUGGGCAGACUUUCAGCUGGUUGCAGAUGGUUUCUGCCGUUCCCUCGCAUCCAUAGCCCACUGCCUAGAGCACGAUGGUGGGGACAGUCUGAUUGACACAGACUGGGGUCAUUUUUGGCCCAUUCCACCCGAUGUUCCUAGCGAGUCUGAUUGGUCAGAUGUCGUUUGGAAGUGCGGUUGCGGCCUUUGUGAUAAGCAACAAACCCACUAUUGGAGGAUGCUACGCUGUCCUUCUGAGCCUUUCCUCCCCAAAAGUUGUAUUAAUGAGCUUUCCAUAACUUCUGCUGCCAAUCUAAUUCUGGACUGUUUUGCUGCCAAAAGGAAUGGCCUGCAAGUGGCAGUGGAAACAGCUCACCUGCUUUUAGAUCUGUCCUAUAUAAUUGAAGAUAGUAAUUAGUUUUCUUAGCACAUCUUGGCCUUCCAGCUUAUUCCCCACACCAUUUCUCCAUCCAACUGCAUCACUUUCCACCCCACAGGAAUCUUUUAACAAAGACUGAGCCCAUGAAACAGUAUUCAGUGUCACAAAAAGGACUACCUUUGGAGGGAAAACCCGAUUCGCUUUGUACCUCCUUCAUUGUUGCCUCUUUAUUUAUUAGGAAUAGCAAAAAGACAAUUGGGAAUAGCUCAUUUCCUGGCACAAAAUUAAUAUUUCUAGUUUGUUGCCGUUUGUUAAAAUUCAUAUCUAACUGAAUACCUCCCCAAAGGGCCACCUGGCACUGAUGUUUAUUCUUUUCGGCAUCAGGUAAAAACCUUCUUAUUUCCCAUUAUUUUAAUGUUUGUUGGAUUUAACUGGGG